AGGCACAGGAAGCCUGCAUAUACUCCUUUUCCUGGUGUCAACAUUAUUUAAAAGCAUGGGAAAUAAUGAGACAUUGUCUUCUUCAUUAGAACCUUGGGAAUCUGCUAGAUUUCUUCAUCUCUAUUUGUUGUAUUAGUAGCCGAACUGUGCAAAAACAUGGUCUUGAGAAAUGAUAGCACAGUAUCUUAGAGGGAAAGGAAAUGUAGGAUGUCAGUGUGGGGACAAGUUUCUGAUUGCCAGUGACUGUUGUGAGCAUAACAAUAAUUUCAUUAAUAUUAAAUCCUCUGUUGAUGGCAGCUGCAGUUGUAAAGGAAAAAAAAAAAAAGGUCCUGAUCAUUUAAAACCACACUGGUGUACAUCAUAAUCAAAGUAAACAUAAGAAAAAAAUUUAAACUUUGCUUAAAAAAAAAAACAAAAAAAAAAAAACAAAAAAAAGAAGCAGCAGCUGAUCUUUAGGAAGGCACGCGGUUGCUUAUUAUGAAUCAUUUCUAGAGUCCAGUGCAUUUUCAAAGCCUGUUACAGUCAUUACAAAGUACACCCUUGUGAGGUAAGUGUAUCAUCACCUUUGUUUCAUAAAUAAAAAAGCUGAGGCGCCGAACCACUAAGUCACUCGCCUAAGGAGAAUGAGUCAACGUCAAGAGGCAUAGUUGACCCGGCCUAACGACUCCAGACUAUCAGUCCAGGGCUUAGUCAGCGGGGCCCAGAGUGGCUUCCCUGGCUGGCACCUGGACUUAGGCUAUUUCUGUGCACGUUAAAGCAGAAUAUUGGAACGGUUGCGCAGAACUUCCAAGUAAUUUUUACUGCCACCCAAGAUUUAGCCCUGAGGUCUUAAUCUCAGGAUUUGGGACAGUAAAAGCUGUCGUCCCCUCCCCCUUAUCCAGCUGGUGGCAAGCGGGUACUGCGAGCGGUUCCGUCCGUCCCCUUUCGCAGAAAUGGCAACGAAUGACCACCAGCAUUAGCGGAGUCAGGGGACGUGGGAGGGUUGAUUGCCUAAACGACUCUGCAUCGCCGCCUCUUUUUGAAACUAAGAGAAAAUGGUGGGAGGUCAAAAGAAAACUAAAUAAACACACAGGCAACUUGUCCUGGGACCUCAACUAAGCAAAUGAAGCCUUAUUGUGUGUGCUGAGCCUGCAGUUCCCAACCUUCCAGGGAAGAUGGGAGGACAGGGCGACAAAGGGCACAGUAGGCAUGCCUGGCAGUAAGUGUGACCGCAGCUAUCCAGGAGGAAGAGCAGAGGACUGAAACCACCCUCCAGCAAGCGAGCGUCCGCCGCGUUGAGAACCGCGCACCCUACCCAUCAGCCACGUGACCAGUCCUUUUUAAAAAAAAUUUGUCUUAAAAAAAAAAAAAAAAGGUGGGGGAGAGACUCCACUUCCCAGAAGCCUCUCGUUACCCACGCACCCGUAGUCUUGCGCAGGCGCCGCCAGGGCCAAACGGACACGUCCAUCACGUGGCUAGUAGCUGGCCAAUCCGGUUUGAAUCUCAUUUUUUUCCUCUUACCCCCCCUUCUGGAGCGGUUGUGCGAUCAGAUCGAUCUAAGAUGGCGACUGUCGAACCGGAAACCACCCCUACUCCUAAUCCCCCGACUACAGAAGAGGAGAAAACGGAAUCUAAUCAGGAGGUUGCUAACCCAGAACACUAUAUUAAACAUCCUCUACAGAACAGAUGGGCACUCUGGUUUUUUAAAAAUGAUAAAAGCAAAACUUGGCAAGCAAACCUGCGGCUGAUCUCUAAGUUUGAUACUGUUGAAGACUUUUGGGCUCUGUACAACCAUAUCCAGUUGUCUAGUAAUUUAAUGCCUGGCUGUGACUACUCACUUUUUAAGGAUGGUAUUGAGCCUAUGUGGGAAGAUGAGAAAAACAAACGGGGAGGACGAUGGCUAAUUACAUUGAACAAACAGCAGAGACGAAGUGACCUUGAUCGCUUUUGGCUAGAGACACUGCUGUGCCUUAUUGGAGAAUCUUUUGAUGACUACAGUGAUGAUGUAUGUGGCGCUGUUGUUAAUGUUAGAGCUAAAGGUGAUAAGAUAGCAAUAUGGACUACUGAAUGUGAAAACAGAGAAGCUGUUACACAUAUAGGGAGGGUAUACAAGGAAAGGUUAGGACUUCCUCCAAAGAUAGUGAUUGGUUAUCAGUCCCACGCAGACACAGCUACUAAGAGCGGCUCCACCACUAAAAAUAGGUUUGUUGUUUAAGAAGACACCUUCUGAGUAUUCUCAUAGGAGACUGCGUCAAGCAAUCGAGAUUUGGGAGCUGAACCAAAGCCUCUUCAAAAAGCAGAGUGGACUGCAUUUAAAUUUGAUUUCCAUCUAAAUGUUACUAAGAUAUAAGAGAAGUCUCAUUCGCCUUUGUCUUGUACUUCUGUGUUCAUUUUUUUUUUUUUUUUUUUUUGGCUAAAGUUUCCACUAUCCCAA